AUGCAGAAUUCUUCUAAUAAUAACGUGUCUCUCGAUAAAGCUCGAGAAAGCCAGGCAAUGUCGAAUAAUGCUCACAAUGUGGAACAAAAUUAUAUUCCAGCUUCUAUGGUACAGAAUAUACUUGAAUGGCAACGUCAAGCUUUAGAAACUAUUAGGGAACAAAAUAAAGUUAAUCAUGUCACCCAACAACAAAAUAAUGCUCUUAUUCAGAAAAUUGAUAAAUUACAACAUCGUAUUAAUGAUUAUAAACCUCACGACAAAGGACAUUUGGAUUUGAUGGAUCUCGAUAAUGAGAAGUCAAACACUGAAGACAUCAAGGAAAAUCUUGGAGAUAAUCCGUGUCCACAACGAGGAUCCUCUUCGAAUGACGUAUUAUUCAUCAAAGAUAUUUCUACUCAAUUACGUCAUUCACCUGAUAUGCUCCUGGAAAUCGAAAGAAGACAUUUGAAAGCUCUUGAGGAUUUGAACGAUGAAUGGAGUAAUAAACACACAAAAUUGCAAACUAAAUUUGAAACGCUAUACAUAGCGUAUCAAGAACUCAAAGAACACUAUCAAAAAAGAUCUGUUGAAUGGAAACGCGUGAAAAAGUGGUUGGAUGAACAAAAAUAUGCACUAAAAAACCCUGAAUGUACGAAUGAAUUGACUAAUAAAGAAACUAAAGAUCAAUUUGAAAAAUCUCCAACGAUUAAUAAUGAAAGAGAUUCACCUUUCAGUAAUGAUUCAAAGGCAGGCGCCCUUACCGAUGUGACAAACAUGCGUAGCCAAAGAUCUCCUCAUAAUCGUGAGAAUGUUGCAACAAUUGAUGAACACGUAUCUGAUGUCAAUAAGGCAUUAAUACUUGGGUCAUCAUAUAAUAAAGAUGAUGAUGAUGCUUUUUGCAAGGAUAAUAAUCGAUCUUCACAUGAUAUAUCAUCCUCUCCGAAUCCAUUACCUGGAUCAAUGUUGAAAAAUGAUGAUAAAACACAUAACCCUGAGUCAAAUCCAAUUUAUUAUGAUCAUGAGUGGAACGAAGACUACGUUGACUUACCAAAUGACUUUGAUCACAAUAUGACUAAUGUAAAAACAGAAAUUCAAGGUUCAAACAAAGGAAAUGGUAAUGAAAAAGAACUAAAAAAUUUAAGAUUACUCGAAGGUACAACGCCUGAACUUGCGAUUAAUCUUGAAGAUAGUUUUUAUGAUUUCACUUUGGAUGAUAACGAUAAGUCAUUAAGCAAGAAAAGGACCGUAGAUAAAAUGAUCAAGCAGGAAAAAAUUGGGGACAAUGAAUUGAUUUCUGCUGAAAUUACUAACAAACGUUAUAAGCCUUUAACUUUUAAACCAAAAGAUGAGUUACGAGAAGAAUUCGAUGAAGACUUUGACGAAGACUUUGAUGAAGACUUUGAUGAAGAUUAUAUACCAGAUGAAGUUAACAUAAAGACUCCUUAUAACGAUCGUUUCAAACCGGAUUCGAAACGGCCGCAAAAAUCAACUGAUGAUAUGUACGAUGACAACGACGCGGAUUAUGCCGAUCCUUUGAUGCCAUCUUCCAUUGCGAAUAAUGGCGUAAUCAAUAAUAAUGAUGAUGCUUCGAAACAAGGAGAAGCUUAUAGAUAUAUCGAAACUGUACGAAAAAAGAAUGAAAGGCGCCAAUUGAUGGCGCAAGAUUGUCGUGAUUGUCGCAAAUACUAUGAAAUGGCAGGUUUCAAUUUGUUACGAAAUUGUGAUCAUAAUCAAUCAUCGGUAACCGAUAUAGAAACCUUAAUACAAAAAAAGAAACAGUCGAUUUCGCGGCAUCGAGCCAAGUAUAGUCGUCCACAAACUCCACCAGGUUUCUGGAAAGUUGGUUUCCCAACUUCACAAGAAAUUGCAGAAAUCAACGAAUUAUCAGUUAAGUAUGAACGGGAAAGGGAAGAACAGAAGAAGAAAGAAAUUGAAUUUGCCAAAUCUCGUGAACGAAAAUGGACAACAAAAUAA